AUGGCCCGAGAGUUGCAGGCCGAGUUAAGCCCUAUGGCCGAGUGGGCACAAAGUGGGAGCAAGGCUUCGGUCGAUGCUUUGAUGAACAGCUGGUGCACCCGGCUGGAGAGCCUUGGCUCUCUGUCGUUAGGGCAAGCCAUGCAGAUGAAGCAGACGGUCCAGGAUCUGAGCUUCGAGAGCACCCUGUCAGAACGGUUGCUUGAAAAAGUUGAAGCCAAAGUUCUGGCAACGGCCACGGCUGCAACACCGCCGCCAGAUACUACAUAUACGCCUCACAAGCGAAAGGAGGAAAGCAAGCCGCAGACCUUGCUGAAGCCGGAAAACUUCAUCACGGUCACUGAGUGGUCUAUGCUGGAAAAGUCGCCAGCACCGGCAAGGCUGGAAAUCCUUCUGAAAAGGUAUCUGCAGCUGGGCCUGAGGAACCUCACAGAACAGACGGUCAAGAAAGGCCUGGCCUUCCUCUUGGCACUGGCAGCCGGCGAGCUCAGUCAGAUGCCGACAUAUGAAGAGAUCUACGAAGAGGUCCAGGUCUUCAAGAGAUCUUGGGAAUCCGUGAAAACGGAUGCAGAGCCGACUGAGGUCGGCCUGCUCACGUAUCCCGAUGACCCCAGCAGCUUGCCGAAGGCUCUGUUCGACCGAGCCUACAAGGCUGAGGACCCGCCCAUGGGCAAAGACGUGAGGGCUGGGAUCUGGCUAGCUCACAUUCCGAUGCGAUCUACUUCCAAGCUCUUGCAGAAGAACAAGAAGCAGAGGCUGCCGAGGCCAGAUGGCCAGGCCGCCGUGUCUGAGCAGCAUGCGAACGAGUUCCAGAGCCGCAUGGAGCAGUGCUUCGGGCGACUGGAAAGAAUGCUGGACCAGGGCUGCGGUCAGAAUGCCAUCCAGGAUGGUGGGCGAAGGGAGCUGCAGCUUGCUGCAGGCGCAAGCGAGCUGAGCAGCAGCAGUGCCGGGGUCGGCUUUGCUCUGGGCAACCCAGCCCAGCCGGUUUCGGCUGCGACACAGCAGACCUCGCCAGGGCGACAGUCGGCCUUGCAGCUAGCCCUGCCUCCAGCCGAAGAACCCGAAGCAACGGAGUCGCUCCCUGCCGAGAACGAUCUCGAGGACGAAGCUUUGUUCAAGAAGCUCAAAGAUCGCAAAGCUGGGAUUCUGAAGAAGCCGGCCGCUGCAGCUGCAGCGAGUGGCCAAGGAAACUUGGCAAAGAACAAGACAAAAACGAAUGGCCAAGGCCAAGAUCCAAAGAAGAAGGGCAGCGGCAAAGGCAAAGGAAAGUCCAAGGACAAGAGUGCUUCGAAGAAAGGCCAAGGCAAAGCAAAGGAGCAGCAAGCCCAAGGCUCGCAUGGAAAGCGGAAGUUCCAAAUUGUCUGGGAGGACGGCUGCAUCCAGAAGAACUAUGCUUCUCGCAUGUACAAGCGAGCCGGAACGUGGGCAAAGCACCAAGGCUUCUCGGAGCAGCAAGUGGUAGAGUGCCAGCGAGAGGCCCACAGAGAGGCCAUUCUGCUGUGGAAGAAGAAGAACGGCUGCUAA